AAAAAUUUCAGCUCGCUACUCAACCACAACUAAUGGAAAGCUGAGCCCUGUAUUAACUUACAAAAACAUUCGGCACUCGUUUGCAAACUUUUCGAAUUUGUUAGUGGUUCGUGCUAUGUUGAGCUUAUUUAUUGAACAUCUACAUACAAACUAUAAAUUCUUUGAUAAUUUGAUAGUGUUGAUAAGUUAUUAAAAAAAACGAUAAAAGAAGAUAAGAUUAGAAUAGGUAGAUCUAGUUAGUGAUAGUCCAACUGACCAACCACAGCUACACAUUGGGUCGUCACUACCAUGCAAUCGUAUCGCCAAGCCUUGUUAUUAUCGUCUUCAAAUUGCCAUGGAUUUUCUAUGCUGGAAUUUGCCAAACAGGAGAUUUGCUCCGUGUUAGAAAAGAAUAAUGUGAAAAAGCUUCUGUUUAUACCCUAUGCUCAAAAUGAUUAUAAUAAAUACACUGCUAAAAUAAAGGAAGUAAUUGAUCUCUGGGGUUUUGAGGUGUCUGGCAUACAUACAUAUAAAAAUGCAGAAAAAGCUAUAAGUGAUAGCAAAGCAAUAUUUAUAGGUGGUGGUAAUACGUUCCUUCUCUUAAAGAGACUUUAUGAACACAAUUUAGUAGAACUUAUCAGGAAAAGAGUGUAUGAUGGUGAUUUGUUAUACAUUGGAAGUAGUGCUGGUACAAAUGCUGCAACAAAAAGCAUUCACACUACAAAUGAUAUGCCGAUCACUUACCCGCCCACUUUUGAUGCUAUUAAAAUAGUCCCCUUCAAUAUAAACCCACAUUAUAUUGAAAUGGAAAGUGAAACACACAAAGGGGAAACUAGAGAUCAGAGAAUUAGCGAGUACCUGGAGCAGGAGUGUGCUUCUCCAGUGCUUGGUCUGAGAGAAGGCUCGAUUCUAAAAGUAGACAACAACACUUUGCUCAUCAAGGGAGUAGCUGGAGCUGUUUUAUUUGAAAAGGGUGCUAAGAAGACAGAAUUUGCAGUGGACUCCGAUGUAUCAUUUUUGUUAAAGACGCAAUGAUGUAAUUUUUUAUAUGAACUGUAUAAACUAUAAUAUAUACUAAAAAUGCAAUAAAAUAUAUUUAUCUACACCC